AUGACCAAGCCCAGUAUCCUCGAACUCCCACGGGGAGUUCAGCUCAUCUACCUCGCCGAGGGAGGAGCAAAUGUGAUCUACCGCUUCGCCACAGCGGGAACCACGCGGCCAAAAGACCCGAAAGGGCCCUUAACCGCGGCCAGUGACCGACCAGACCAACCCAGCAGCCUCCCAGCGCGCCUCCAAGGAAAACUACUCCGUCUGCGCAAAGCAACCGCCGCAGAUAUCUCGUACACCGAGAUCGUUCGCAAUUUCGAUACCAUCAUCCGCCCGCUCUUCGCCCCAGAGGAACUGGUCGACCAAACCCUCGUCCAGCUCCCGGACGGGCUCCUCGCCCGCUGUAAUGAGCAGCUCCGCGCAGAAGAAGUAGCCGGCUCGCGACCGAAGAAGCGCCACGGCGGCUAUCUGUGUCUCAGUGAGCCGUUUGGCUUGCUCAUUACUGAUAUGACGACUGGUGGGGACCUGGGCGCGACCUUGGCGGAAUUCAAGCCGAAGUGGUUAAAUCAGUCGCCCUCUGCGCCGGCGGCAGCGCAUAGAUGUCGGACUUGUGCGCUGCGCGAAAUGAAGAAUUCAGAGUCCCUGCUUCUCGGGCAGAAAGAGCAGCGGUCGUUUUGUCCGCUGGAUCUGGUGUCGGAGAAGUUUGAUAAUGUGUUGCGAGCGACGGCGUUGAUCAAGGGUUGUAAGGACCGAUCGCGGCUGGCGCGGAUUUUGUAUUCCAAUUCGACGUUGCGAACGCUGCAGUCGUUGCAGAAGAUCGAAGGUGAUGUUGGGCUGCAAGGGCCCGGAGCGAAAUCGAGGGACAUGUCGCUUGCUAUGACAUUACGGGAUUGUACGAUGUUCAUCAAAAUUCCCCAGGAUGAAAAUCGACCGGUGGAAAUCCGCCUCGGUGACCUCGAUCUCAAGACUGGGGCCGGGGGCAAGGCCGGAUAUUGGCGAUCCUUGGAGACCCAGUUGAUUGACCAGGGCUGGUAUCAUGGAUGCAAUAGUACCCAAGAUCCGAGUGAGUGCGCUUUGUUUGGUUCACGGCGAUCAUCUCACUCCUAUUCAACAUGA